AUGGCACCACCUCGCUCUGCUUCGACCCCAGGCGGCGCCGCGAUGCUCAACCUGAUCUUCGACGCGGCGUUCGACGGCGACCUCCCCAGCUUCAAGCGUCUCGUCACAAUGCUGGACGACACGGGGAAGGGCCGCCUCAGGAAGGCCGUGGAGGCCCUGAGGUGGGCAGAUGAAGGGAUGAUGAAAGGCCUCAGCCCGCUGCACGUCGCCGCCAGCAGAGGGAGCAUGGAGGUCUGCCGCUACCUGGUCCAGGAGCUCGGCGUGGAUGUGAAUGUCGUCGACGGGGAAGGUAGAACACCUCUGUUUUGGGCGGUACUAUCUAAGAAUGUGUCUGCUGCCAAGUAUCUUCUUGAUCAUGGUGCCAAUCAAGAAAGGGCCAAUCAUGACGGGUUUUCCCCUUUGCACGAAGCCGUUGGAUCAGGAGAUUGUGAAAUGGUAAAGUUAUUGCUUGCAAAAGGAGCUUAUGUUGACCCAGUUGCUUCGUGUGGUACACCACUUCAUGUUGCUGCUACUCAAGGGCAGGAUGAGACCAUGAAGAUUUUAUUGGACCACAAUGCAGAUGUCAACAAGAUGGUAAAUGGUAAGACACCUAUGAUGGCUGCUUUGGAUGCUGACUCAAAGCUGUGCAUCCUAAUACUGAUGAAGGCUGGUGCCGAUCGGGAGUCAUAUUUAGCCUAUUCUGGAGAAAAACUCCGUGCUGCAAAUGUUAUUUCAGCUGACUUCUUCAAUUCUGUAAUGGAGGAUGCUGCUGCAGGAGUUACUCCUAAUGAUGAUGAGCCUUUGGCUAAACGGAAAACUAGAGUAGCAGGGUAUAAGGCAAUGGCAAGUUACGCGUUCAAGACAAAGGAUUAUAAUAAUGCCAUAUUAACCUACAGUCUGCUGAUCCUCCUUGAGCCUGCUGAUGCAACCUGGUUCUCAAACAGGAGCGUUUGCUGGUAUCACAUGGGCGAUGGAGCUAAAGCUUUGGCAGACGCUAACGAAUGCAGACGCAUUCGACCAGACUGGCCAAAGGCCUGUUACCGGCAGGGCACCGCUCUGAUGUUACUGAAGGACUACAAAGGCGCUUCCCAACGAUUUUGUGAUGGGCUCAAGCUGGACCCAGGGAACGCUGAGAUCGACGCUGCACUACGGAAAGCUUUGGAGUCGUUGAGGAAGUCUCGAGGCAGCAAAGCUAAGUGACUGUCUGGUGGUUGCAAGUAAAAGGACUUGCUGGAACAUCUAGUUCCAACAAGUCGAAGGGCUUAAAGACUCGGAUUUCGUGUAUUCAUUAUGUUCCUCUGGUAGAUCAAGUAACUCAAUGUCACUUCUGUGAUGAUAUGUA